GAAGCCGCGCGAGUGGUUUUCCGCGCUUUCUGGCUAUCCCUCGCCGCGUCGGGGCUGCCUCCGCCGCCGGGUCCCCGCUCGACCCUUUCUCUUCCCCUCGCCAGCUGCUCCUCUUGCCCACUGUUGACUCACCGACAAUCCCAUUCACUUUAAUGGGACGGCUGGUGAUGUCACAGCGACACAACAAGUGAGGGACGUGACAGGCAGCAGGUGAGUAAAUGCCUGCUUACAGCCGCUGCCAUGAUGGAUCUGAAAUGAUAGGUAUAAAAUUUAAACUUGUUUUAUGAAAUCAACUUUUCAUCAAGUAUACCUUUUUGAUGCCUGGUAUCUGAAACCUCCUAAUUAUGCCAGCAGCCACAGUAGAUCACAGCCAAAGAAUCUGUGAAGUGUGGGCUUGUAACCUGGAUGAAGAGAUGAAGAAAAUUCGUCAGGUUAUACGGAAGUUUAACUAUGUUGCCAUGUAUAUCCUGCCUUUAUUAUUUUUACAAAUAACUCAAGGCGGUGAACAUAUCCAACACACCUUCUUCCUAUUUUCCCCACAACAACAACCUUGUGAGGACACAGAAUUUCCUGGUGUAGUUGCACGACCUAUUGGAGAAUUCAGAAGCAAUGCAGACUAUCAAUACCAGCUACUCCGGUGUAAUGUAGAUUUACUUAAAAUAAUCCAGUUAGGGUUGACAUUCAUGAAUGAGCAAGGUGAAUACCCUCCAGGAACUUCAACAUGGCAAUUUAAUUUUAAAUUUAAUUUAACAGAGGACAUGUAUGCCCAGGAUUCUAUAGAGCUAUUAACAACAUCUGGAAUCCAGUUCAAAAAACAUGAGGAGGAAGGAAUUGAAACUCAGUACUUCGCUGAACUUCUUAUGACUUCGGGUGUUGUGCUCUGUGAAGGAGUCAAGUGGCUUUCAUUUCAUAGUGGCUAUGACUUUGGAUAUCUGAUCAAGAUCUUGACAAAUUCCAAUUUACCAGAGGAAGAGCUAGACUUCUUUGAAAUACUGAGACUAUUUUUCCCUGUCAUUUAUGAUGUGAAGUACCUCAUGAAGAGUUGCAAAAAUCUCAAGGGUGGAUUACAAGAAGUUGCUGAGCAGUUAGAGUUGGAAAGGAUAGGUCCUCAGCAUCAAGCAGGAUCUGAUUCUCUACUAACAGGCAUGGCCUUCUUCAAAAUGAGAGAGAUGUUCUUCGAAGAUCACAUUGAUGAUGCCAAGUACUGUGGUCAUUUGUAUGGUCUUGGUUCUGGUUCAUCUUAUGUACAGAAUGGAACAGGAAAUGCAUAUGAAGAAGAAGCCAACAAACAAUCAUGACAUGAAAUGAGAAGGCACUUUUUCUAAGCUCAAUAUGGUUGUACAUAGGUUUUAUCUCUGGUUGAAUUCCUUGGACAAUAAGGCAUUCUUUUCCUCUUUAUCAGCACACUUUUCUCUUGCUUUUGUAUGUACUAACCCUGACUGUUCCUGUUCCAAUCCUUUGACCUUGAUAUAUAGGCAUUUCUGGAUUAAAUGUUGCCAUGUACCUUGCCCAUCUGUACAGAAGCACGUGUAGGAACAGUGUGGUAGAUAGAAGAGGAAAGCUAAAAUGAUAAUGACAUUUCUAGUAAACUUUAACUGGCCUUUGUAUUGGUUUAUUAUCCCUGCCCUUUCCCCUCAAACCUGGGCAAGCGCUGAUUGUAAUCAAUUUCCCCAUUGGAUGUUAAUCCCUUCCAAUGUACCGGGGUUUUAGUUAUUCAUAAUUGUGGACCAUCACAUUUGCACUUUAGAAGAGUGACUCUGAGUCAGAUCCUCUGUUUUAUCUGAAGUUCUGAAUAUUCUUCCCUGACAAUACAAAAAGGGUUCAUCUGCCAGUAUUGCUUCUUCCAGGUCUCAAAUACAUUGAACAAAGCCACAUUCAUUGCCUAAUCUCUCUUCAAAUUUACAGGUAUCUUAGCAGCCACUAUAAAAUUGCUGUUUCGUCUUCCAAAGAUUCCCGCCAGCUCUCUGAUGGAAGCAACUAGGUGGAAUCAUGAGGAAUCUCUCAAGGAUAUUUUCUUGAAUUGAGAGUCUCUUUCAUGGGGCCUAAAUUAGCUGGGCAGUUUUUAUGAGGUGUGAUUAGGAGAACUUUGUGUAUUCUCCUCCAUUUAAAGCAAGCUCUAUAGCAGCCUUUUCCUCUAUGUUGCAGCCUUCAGGUUUAUUGGACUAUAACUUCUAAAACGUGUGGAAUAUAUAGAAGUUGAUAGCCAAAUAUUUAAAGGUCACCGACUUGGGGUGGAAUUGGGGUGCUGCUUUGCAGCCUUAUGGAAGGUGUGUGUAUCCUUUUAUGCGUUUGUGUCUGAAAGGAAUAAUUGUAAGAUGAAAUGCUGCAGUUAAAGUAAUUUAAAAUUGUAAUCCAUUUCCUUAUUCCCGUUCCAAUGAGUUAUGGCCUAAAUACUUUUCUAUUUUAAAAUAUUAAUUUAUUGUCUACAUAAAUGGAUGAACACAAUAUAAGUAAGAGAUCCAAAGAUAAAUAGGAAGAUAUGUCCUUUUUGGGAGCUGCAACACAAGACAUUUGUUGUCAAACAACAAAUUUAUUUGUACCUAAUAAAGUUACCUAAGGCUUCUAAGGCUAGUUUAUUUUUUGAGUCUAUCUUAGCAGUAUAUUUUAUAGGCGUUUUACUAAAGAACCACAAAGUACUUUCCUGACCAUGCAGAGCAGGCUCUUAAAAAGCAAUUGUGAAGGAAGACUUUUAUUAGUAUGGAAUAGCUAAAUCGUAUCCUGAAAUGAUAGAGUGCUGAUGGCAGCAUUUGUCAUGUCAUCUACACUGAAAAUCAGUGGGAGUAAAUCUUAAUGUACAGCAAAUUGAUAUACCUACCAUGUACUUUAAUAUGUUUCCCUUUAUCCUCAUAAAGUUACAAUAAUGUAACUGGGCAGUCCUUUUUCUUUUAAGGAAAAAUUACAAAGAUAUUUGCAUAAGAGGGUAUUUGUUUUUAAAGCUUUUGUAAAUAAAGGCUUCAAUAAUGUUUUCUUACAUA